AUUCGGGCGCCUGAGAAGCGAAAAGAAACCAAAUUUGAGAUUGCUUUGACACCCGCAGCUGGUUGGGAAGCGUUGGCUUUUGACGGACGCAAGAAUCAAAGGCCAACUCGUCCCGGGUCGGCUCUCCUCUCACCUCGCCCGCCCCUUUCAACUCUGAUCCUAGAAAUGGAUUGAAUCUGCUGCGUAUCUACCAACGCAAUCGCCCCCUCCUUCACGGUUCGAUCCGCUGUUUCGCUUUCCCUUUAUGCAGUUUGUAUGUAGGACUGUCUUAUUUGAGUGUGCAACUAAUUGAUUAUUUCAUUGCUAAAGUUUUUGGCAAACUUCAGAACCAUGAGUUUUGUCUUUCGUGGAACUAGAGCGGAUAUAGAAACUGGGCUUCCAGGAUUUGUUCCUGAAAGACGUGCAGUGCGUGUUCAUGCAGCUCGACCAGUCAACACCAAUUCACUUGCUUUUCUUGUCACGGUUCUAUUGCUGUUCAUGAUUCUAAACUCCCACCAAAUGUCACCUAACUUUCUGCUGUGGUUAGUCCUGGGUGUCUUUUUGAUGGCAACAAGCUUAAGAAUGUAUGCAACUUGUCAGCAACUUCAAGCUCAAGCCCAAGCCCAUGCUAUGGCAGCAAGCGGGCUUCUUGGUCAUACUGAAUUACGGCUGCACAUGCCACCAUCCAUAGCACUUGCAACCAGAGGGCGGUUACAAGGUCUGAGACUCCAGCUUGCACUGCUUGACCGGGAAUUUGAUGACCUUGAUUAUGAAACUUUAAGAGCACUGGAUUCUGAUAAUGUUCCCAUUGUUCCUUCAAUGAGUGAGGAAGAGAUAAAUUCUCUUCCUGUUCAUAAGUAUAAAGUUGUUGGCUCCCAAAGUGGUGGCGCAUCAGUACAAAAGGCUUCUUCUUCAACCUCUUCUGAGCAGAAGAAGCAAGAUAGUGUUAAUUCAGCUGGGACCAUGAAGACCUCAGAUGAUGAACUUACUUGCAGCGUUUGCUUGGAGCAAGUUACUGUGGGAGAACUUGUUCGUAGCUUGCCAUGUUUGCAUCAGUUCCAUGCCACCUGCAUUGACCCAUGGCUGCGGCAGCAGGGAACAUGUCCCGUUUGUAAAUUUAGAGUCGGGUCAGGAUGGCAUGGCAAUGGACAGGACGUGGACGCUUCUUACAUGGCUUAGAAGACUUCUGUAGGAUAAACAUGCGCCCCCAACGCCUUGUAAAAGCCAUAUACUGAUCUAGACCAAGAUGGGACUGGGAGAUCCAUGAGUUGGCAUGUCCUUUAAUUUGCUAACUUAGGCAUUGAAGAAGGUACAGAGCAGCAAGUUUGCCUAUCAAUCUUGGAAGGGAACCUUUUUGUGG